AUGAAGCAGACUGCAGUUGGUUCUCGCUGACUCGCUCCACCGAGGAGGACCCGUGCGAAGAGAAAAUGCACCUGUUGCUGCUGUUCUUCCUCCUCCGCCGGCUUGCAGAAUCUGCCAUCACUGGCCCAAAAGCAAUGAGGAGCCUAGAGGGGGGCUCGUUGACUGUGCAGUGUCGAUACAGCCCUGGGUUGGAGACCCACGUGAAGUGGUGGUGCCGAGGAGCUGCUUGGCGCAGCUGCAAUUUCGUUGUUAAAACCACUGGAGCAGAGAAGGAGGUGAAGAAGGACCGCGCGUCCAUCAGGGACAAUUGGAAAAACCGCACCAUCACUGUGACCAUGGAGAAGCUCAGGCUAAACGAUGCAGACACUUACUGGUGUGGGAUUGAGAGAUAUGGAACUGACGAUGGGGUCCAAGUUAAAGUGACCAUUGACCCAGCACCAACUGCUGUGCCGGCCACCACUCCUGCCACCUCUGCUAUCAACACGUUCACAGCGCCAGUCAGCUUGGAAGAGACCAGUGGCUCCCCGGCUGUGACCAGCCCCGGCUCCAACAGCGGCGGUGUCUUCCUGAAGGUCACCAUCCUCCUGCCCCUCAUCUCCGCUGUGUUGCUUCUUCUCUUGAUGGUGGCCUCACUUGUGGUUUGGAGAAUGGUGAAACAACAGAAGAAAGCUGCUGGGAUAUCCCCAGAGCAGGAGCACCAAGGUCCAAAUGCAUCAGACGAGCCCUGUGCCCAAGUGUCCACAUGCUCAUGGCCCAGCUGCAAGGGCCGGGGAAGGGGCCCGGUCGUGCUUCAGCCCCUGGAGGGCAUCAGCUAUGCAAACCUGAGCCUGCAGCAGACUGAAAACUCUGGGUCCUCCCAGAAGAAGGCUUCCAGGAGGUCCUCUUCCUCUGCCCAGGCCAACGCAGGGGAAGUGCAGUAUGUCACCAUGGCUCCCUUUCCCAGGGAGGACAUUGCCUAUGCAGCUCUGUCUUUGGAAACCUCAGAUCAAGAGCCAACCUAUAGCAACAUGGGGUACCUCAUCACCCACAUUCCCAGCAGGAGCCACGAGGAGCUCACGGAAUACAGCACCAUCAGAAGAAUGUGCUUGCCUAAGGUGGCUCUAAGGGCCCUUCUCAACACUUGGCCCAUUCUCCUUGCCUUCAUGUUAAUUACCAAAGCCAUCAGAUAAGCUGGUCUACAUUAUGCAGCAUUCAUACUAAGAAUGCUCCCCUCUGUCAAGGAUGGUGAGGGUUUCUGUGACAAGGAAGCACCAGGUCACAACCCUUGGUCUCAGCCACACUGCCCAGUGACAGCCCUCUGGUCAUUGGAAGGAGCUGCAAAGUUCAGACGAUGUACUCAUUUCAAAAGUUCACACAGCCUUCGCAAGAUUUGUAAUAAGCCACAAAAGCAGAAGGACUAAACGCCAGAGACCCUUGUCCUCCCACUGAAACACCCUGAUGUCUGUUGGAUGGCAAAUGAAAGAAGAACCAGCAGAGAAGUAUUUUACCUAAAAAUAUCUGAGACAUGAGAACAGAUGUGAAAGUGGAGGUAAAAUGAAGGAGAUUCUUCCCUGGAGCUGUCUUGGUGU